AAGCCCUCCGUCCUGCGCCCCACAGCCAUGUGGCUGCUCGUGCAGGGCGUCCUGCUGGCAUCCUGCCUGCGCGCCGCCGCCUUCCCCAGGGGCUGCUACCCCUCGGAGGAGGAGGGGCUGAAGACCUUCCGCUGCAGCAACGCGCGGCUGACCGAGGUCCCCAAGGACAUCCCCAACGACACCAACAAGCUCUACCUGGACUCCAAUCGCAUCCCCUUCCUGCCCCGCGACGCCUUCCGGGAUCUGCCGCUGCUGCUGGAGCUGGAUCUGUCCCACAACGCCAUCGCCGCCGUCGAGAGCGGGGCGUUCCGCGGGCUGGCCGACCGCCUGCGCUCUCUGGACCUGUCCUCCAACAGGCUGGUGUCGCUCAGCAAGGACGUCCUCAGCAACAUGAAGGCCAAGGUGAACCUCUCCAACAACCCCUGGCUGUGCGACUGCCGGCUGCAGGAGCUGAUCCGCGCCGUGGAUCUGACGGCCGGCUCCUCCGCCGGCAUCGUCUGCGACUCGGCGCUGCAGGAGGAGCACGUGGGCAAAGCCUUCCUGCAGGUGAUCGCCGACACGGACUUCUGCAACGUGUACAAAAAGACGACGGACAUUGCCAUGCUGGUCACCAUGUUCGGCUGGUUCGCCAUGGUGAUCUCCUACCUGGUGUACUACGUGCGCCAGAACCAGGAGGACGCGCGGCGGCACUUGGAGUACCUCAAAUCGCUGCCCAGCAAGCAGCGGCACUCGGAGGAGUCGUCCACCAUCAGCACUGUGGUGUGAGCGGGGCCGGGGGCGGCGGGACGUCGUCGUGGCAUUCCUGGGGACACGGCCGUGGUGGGGAGCGACGGUCGGUUCUCAGUUAUUGGUUGCCGGCAAUGGGCGCAGAGCGAGCGGGGAGAGCUGAGCCCCCGCCACGCGGCGCCGCUCCGGGCGUCGGGACUCGGUGCGAAACUGUUCGAUUUUCUUUGCAGCCUUCCCCGGGGCGUUAACGACGUCGGUGUUUUAAACCCCUCCGGUUUACCCUCUGCUGCCCUGGGGAUG